AUGGCGAGCACGACGGUGAGUGGUCCACCGGGUUCGAUGGCCGCCACACCGAAAACACGAAAAAAAGGAAGAGGUGGAGGGAAUAAUUCCACGCAGAAAGGUAGUGUGAAGUCAACUGAUAUACGCAAUGUAGCUGUUGUUGGCUUGAAUUUGGAGGAUGUGUAUAUUUCUCUGGUAACAACUAGUACUUCUUCUUCUUCUUCACAGAAGAUACGGCAUGGUCCUUUUGUUACCGUCUUUUCUCAUCCCCCGCCUGCGAGAGGUGUGAUAAAUAACAGUAAUUUUUGUUUUAUAAAUGCCAUUUUGCAAGCGUUGGUGUUUACUCCUCCGUUUGCGCAGUUAGCUGUCUCUGCCAUCAGUGUAUCGGAGAUGUGUCCUUUGCUUAGCACCUUAGGCAAGUGGUUUCUCUCAUACUGGACAAAACCGGCAAUGCAAUCCAUCGCACCACCACGUUUAUCUGUAAUGACGAAUACACCGACAACGUCUUCUUCUUCUUCCACUCAUUUGGGCGUUAGAAGAAUGGAUGGGACCAUGCAAGAGGAUGCACCUGAAUUUUUGCACCGCAUACUUGAGACCAUUCGAUCCGAAUUAUGUGGAUUGGAGCAACACUGCCGAGAUUCAGGUUUAUGUGAGACGGAUAAGUAUUCUUUAUGUACAGAUUCUGUUGAUACGAAGGGAUGGACAUUUGUGAAGGGUAAAGAGAAACUAUCUGUACGGGAACAUUCCGAGGAAGGACGUUCCAUCUUAUUUGAUUCUCUUUUUGGUGGGACACUAGAGAGUCAUUUAAAAGGAAAGAGUAAAACAAAAAACUUUGCCUCUGUGGUGGUUGAAAGUUUCUUUGUACUACAAAUAGACGUUUGCUUUGGUGCGGAUUGCAGCCUUGAGGUUGCGUUAGAACGAACACUACAAACAGAACGAGUACAUGACGAUGCUCGUGAAAAGGAUUUGUUAAAAACAUUAAAAUUACGACAAUUGCCAAAUGUUCUUUUUCUGCAAUUACGACGAUGGGCUGUAACUGCAGAAGGGGAAUAUGUUAAGCUCGAUAAUAUAGUACGUUUCUCCAAAACGUUAGUACUACCUAAAUCAACUUGUUCGGAUGCUACUCUAAGCAAUUCAUUGAGAACAUACGAUCUUGUUAGUUUUAUUGCACAUCGCGGCCGUGCGACAGAGCGUGGACACUAUGUCACUUAUCUCACCAAUGCUGCCACCCCAGGAGUGAGGACGGAGGGUGGGAAUGAUUUGUUAACACUAUGCAAUGAUGCUAAGAUAACCACUGUUACCAUGCGAGAGGCGUUGGAAACGGAGGCCGUCUAUUUCCUGGUGUACAUGCGAAGACGAUGA